AUGAACCUACCCAUCGGCGGAGUGGCUGCCGCCCUCAUCGCUUUCGUUCCGAUUCCCGAGCGCACGACGAAGCCGCGAGUUACUCUGUCCCUCGUCCACAAAAUCAUACCCGACCUCGAUCUGCUAGGCUUUGCUCUCUUCGUCCCUCCGUCUGUUAUGCUGCUCCUCGCCCUCCAGCUAGGCAGUGGUGGCAAGUACGCCUGGAGCUCAUCUGUCAUCAUCGGACUAUUCUGUGGUGCAGCAGCAUGCACCGCCCUCUUCAUACUUUGGGAGAGAAGAAUGGGCGACCAAGCUAUGCUUCCAGGUAAGCUGCUUGGACAGCGCAUCGUCUUGACAAGUUGCGUGUACGCCAGCUGCAUUAUCACUUGUAUGAUGACAGCGAGUGUUUGGAUGCCGACGUACUUCCAGGCCGUGAAGGGCGAUGGGCCGACCGACAGUGGUGUACACGUACUGCCGAGUAUAUUGAGCCAACUUCUCGUUGUUAUCGCAACAGGUGCUGCCGUAUCCCGCAUGGGCUACUAUCUUCCCUGGGCGCUCGUCGGUGGUAUCAUCACCGCAAUCGGCAACGGUCUUGUGUCAACGUUCACAGCAUCUACGAGCGCCUCGGUCUGGAUCGGGUACCAGAUUUUGUUGGGCGCUGGCCGAGGAUGUGGUAUGCAGAUAGCCAUCAUUGCAGUCCAGAACGCCGUAUCCCCGGCUCAAUACCCAGUCGCCUUGGCCAGUGUCGUCUUUUUCCAGAACCUCAGUACAUCUAUCGCUGUCGUCAUCGCGAACACGAUCUUCGCACAGACACUUCGCUCCGCCAUCACACGCUACGCGCCUACAAUAUCGCCCCAGGCGGCGGUUGAUGCUGGAUCUAGUGCCAGUGCUGUGCGAGCCCUCGUCCCGCUUGGAGAACUAGAUGGCGUGCUAAGAGCGUACUCGGAGGGUCUGCGCGAUGUCUUCUACUUCUUGGUAGGCAUAGCAUGUCUGACUACCCUUGCCAGCUUGGGUAUAGGCUGGAAGGAUAUCCGAAACAAGCGCAGCAAAACAGACAUGGAUGUUGAAAUGGAUGAGACAUGUGAGACCAGGGACAAGUAG